AUAGAGGGCAACACUUUCAAAAAGAAGAAGCGCAACCUACCGGCAAAAGUUUUAACUUCACACUGCAUAUAGUUUGACUAGCGUAAUACUGUGACUCAGCUAGUAUCAAGUCACAUUGAACUCGACCAUUUUACUUAAAAGGGACGAAGGCACCCGAAUGAUAUUGCCACAAAUCCAACUGAUACUACAGUUUAUGGGAUUUACAUUAAACGGCGUACAUUACAUGUCACUGUUUCUACAAUAGCAUCGUUGCUAUUGUUUUUGCUGGCGUAUUUCUUAUCGCAGGUUAUAUAAAUUAUAAACUUUAACGUUCAUUUUAAAUAAAUGAAUAAAAUACAUAUGAAACGUAAGUGCUGUGUAAUUGGGUGUAUAAGUAACUGCCAGAAUAUGGCAGUAAAAUAUUACUGUUUCCCAGGACGCACAUGGGAACAUGAGCGAAAAAGUAUAUGGAUUGCUAAUACACAAGAAAAUAUGAAUCAAGAUAAAUUAUGGAAGCCAACAAAGAAUUCCCGAAUUUGUAGUUUACAUUUUGAAGGCGGUGAAAAAUCAAAUGAUCCACGAAAACUAUCAUACAACCCAACAAUUUUUCCAUGGGGAAAAUCAAACUCAGUUUACUGUACUUCAGGUAAACCUUUACUUUCACCAUCAAAGGAAAUGAACAUGAGUAUGGAAAACUUCUCGAAACAAACGAAUGAAAUUGAGGUCCAAACAGACUUCCCUAGUGAUUAUUCCAGCGAUGAUUUUUGCGAAAUCUCUUGUUGGCAUGAUUCACUAAAAAAUAUAGUUUCAACUCAAAUAUCAAUUAGAAAAAAAAAAAAUUCUGAACAAUCGACUCAAACUUCAGAGGAUACUGUUAGAAAUGACCAUGAUCAUAAUUUUCAUUUUAAAAAUAAUGUUGGCUUUUUAAGAUUGGAAGACAUUAAGGAUAAUGGAAUGAUGAAACAAUUUGGAGGUACCACAUCAUCGUUUUUUGAAAAUUUGCUGGACGAUAUUAAAGUAAAUAAUACCAAUCACAAAUUUAUAAAGAAAGUCACAAAUGAAAACCGAUUGUUAUUGUUUCUAAUGAAAGUAAAGCUAGGAUUGAAUUUUAAUGCACUUGGGUGCAUAUUCAAAAUUUCUAAUGUAUGUGCCUCUACAAUUUUCCAUAAUAUUUUGGAAGCAUUGAAUUUAACAGCAAAGAAAUUAAUUAAAUGGCCUAAUAAAGAAACAAUGAAACAGAAUAUGUCUCCCGUAUUUUAUCAACACCCGAACUGCCGUGUAGUCAUCGAUUUUCUUGAAUAUCGACUGUAUACGACACCUUCAGUAGAACAACGGGCACUCAGACAUUCAAGUUUCAAGGGAUAUUUCGUGGUUAAAUUUUUAAUAGGUAUCGGAAUUAACGGCGAGAUAAUAUUUAUAUCCCAAAGUUAUGACAUUCAAGCUUCAAAUUGUUACAUUGUUGAAGAUUGCGGAAUUUUGAAUUUAUUGGAAACUGGCGACGAAAUAAUUACUCUAAAAGAGUUACAUGAAUUACGAUCUAGAGAAAACCUAAAAAAAAUUGAAUUUAAAUUUAUUCCUGUUAAAUGUAAUUAUUUAACGAACAUGAGUAAGAAAAACAAUGAUCGUAAUACAGAAUUAAUAAUUAAAUAUAUUGAUAGAAUAUUUACAAAAUUAAAACAAUUUCAUAUUAUGGAUCACUUAAAUACAAAAUUGUUUCCAGAUAUUAAUAAAAUAAUGUCAAUAGUUUGUUUAUUAGCAAAUAAAAUGGAAUGAAAAUCAUUCAAAUUCUUAUCUCGACUACAUUAGCGAAUAAAAGAAAUUUAGUCCUCUAAAUAUAUUGGCUAAUAUUAAUUCUUCAAUCAGUUUUUAAUAGUCUUUAAGACCCUGUUCGACAUAUUUUUUUCUGAUCUUAAUGUCAAAAUAAUUAAUGAUAUAAUGAAAUAAUAAUUUUGGUUAUAAUUUCAGUCUGCCUAUAAGAUAAUUUUUAAGUAACCAAAAAAAAAAAAAAUGAAUGUUAUCUAGAAAGAAUGUGGAACUGCGUCCAAAAGUUCCAAGCCAUAAACAUCAAUUGUAUAAAAAUAAGAUAAAAACUGUGAUACGUUUUUUUCAAUAACAAAGAAUAUUUAAUAAAAAUAUGAAUUUCAACAUUAUUGUAAAUUUUCAAUGUUUAUAUAAACUCAAAUGUAUGUAUGUAUAUCUAAAUAAUGGCACAUUAAAGAGAAAAUGACACUUUUUCAGUCUGUAAAUUUAAUAAAUUAGUUGCUUAGCACUUAUAGAAAAGAUUGAAAUACGAGCUUUAUGACUCAGAAAAAGCUCCAAAUUACAGGUUUCUGCUCCUUAUAUUGACAGAAUCAACAAAGAAUGAGAGCCCAGACAGCAUUCAAGUCAGAAUGACUGCUUUACGACGUCCUUUUGAAGGCGUCCUCAAGAAGUCUUCUAAUGACUUCUUAAAAGCAUCAUUUUUAAGAACUCUUAAUUAAGAGUUCUUGAAGACUCCACUAAUAAUGAAGUCAAAAUUAGGAGCUUCUUAAAGACGUCAUGGUAAACUCAUACUGAAGUCUUAUUUGCGACGUCAGAAAAAAGAACUCUUUGAGAACUAUUUUUAAAGUUGUCUUACUGAGUUCGCUAGGUGGCUCAUUCAACAUCUUGAGAACUUCUUAAAGACAUCUCUAAGAUGUUGAUGAGACGUCCAAAUCAUAAAUAGGAACUCAAUCAGUACUCAUCAAGAUGUCAUUUUGCUAUCUGGAAGAUAAUUGGUAAGGAGUAAAAUUGUCUCCAAAAAAAAUCAUGUGACAUUUUGUGAUAAGUCUGAUAAUUUUGCUGAACAACUCAGAUCCCAAAAUUUGAUAUAACUUUGUCUUCAAACUUAAAUCACUUUUGUAAAGAUAGACCUAUCAAAAAAUGAUAAGAAACUUUUUUUGUUGAGCGUUCAAUUCCCUACAACAAUUGGUCUGCAGAUUUUUCCUACGAUGCAUCGUUAGCUAGUUAUAAAAAUCAGAAGACGCAAAAAAACUUUUUCCAUGUUAUUCUUUUAGAAAAUAAAAAAGUGCGAUGCAGACCCUCUUAAUGUUAAUAUUAAGAGCUCUAAUUUUCACUGCCGUAUUUUUUUGUAUCUAAAUGAAAGUUUUCAACCCGUUUUCGGGAAAAAGUGAAAUUUUUUUUUUGAAACAAAUGUGUCUAUAGUUAUUUCAAUUUUUUUUUGUCGAAUUAUUUAAAUGUGUAUUGUAAAAAUAAAAAUUAGUAUGAGUUCUUAUACAUUAUGAUUACAAUUUAAUAUUGUUCAAUAUUAGGCGAUGGAAAUUAAAAAAUAUUUGUGCAUAUUCAUUUAAUUUCUCUCUACAUAAUUUUUAAACAUGCUAAAAUUGAUGAAAAAAGUAUAAUUACCUUGAAGUGUGAUUUUUGUAAUCUCAUAAAUGUAAACAUUUUCCUAAUUUUUUUCACUGUCCACUUUUUUUGAUCCAAAACUAUAGAAAAUUAUUAUUUACUAUUUACAUAAUGAAAAUGGUAAGAAAGUCGGAGUAAAAGAAAUAAAUUCGAAAAAUCUUUAUUUGAUUAAGGAUUAAUAUUAUUAUAAUUCCUUUCCUUGAGAAUAAGUGACAUUAGUUCCAAUAAAGAAUUUUAUAAUAUUUGAAUCAUUUGAUGAAAAUGAAAAUAAUCGUUUUUCGAAAUUUUGAUUAUUUCAAUAUCGGAAUUACGUAAUAACUUUUAUAAUACUCAAUGACAAAAAGAAGCUGCUUUCUUCUUCAUUGAUCUUAAAAUGUAGUAAUUAUUAUCACUGCAAUGUAAAAAAAAACGGUCCAAGAAUAAAAAAAAAUCCAUUUUAUGAU